AUGAUGGGUGACGACGAACUCUGUGAACACCCCAAACCCAUGGAAUUUCUCGACAUCUGUUUGGGAGACCACAUGCAGCUCCACCCAGCAGCACACCUGAGGCAGACACGCGGUUGCCCUGGCCCUCUCGGACCUUGCGGGGAGCAGACCUGGGCCUCUGACCCUCCUGAUUCCACGAGGCGAGAUGUUCAUCCCAGGGGCUCCGGCCCAGAGCCCACGUACCCAGGGAGCGGCUCUUCCCAGGAGCGGGCAGGGCAGAAAGCAGCAUCCCCCGGGUCACCCCGGGACAGCCAUCCUCUGGGGAGCCCAAGGCAGAGCCAGAGCACGUCCGCCCAGGUGGUGUUCUGGGCGGGCAUCCUGCAGGCCCAGAUGUGCGUCCUGGACCUUCAGGAGGAGCUAGAGAAGACGGAAGGGAUCAGAGCUGAGCUGAGAUGCUGCCUCCCCACGGCGUCUCCCGACCUCCCUGCUUUCCCCUCCAGCCCAGUGGGACCCCAGGACUCAGGCCUCCACCCCAGCGGACCCGUGGACGUGCACGGGGCCUCGGGGGAAGAUAGCAACGGGCCUGAAGGGGAGAACCGGAAGCCGGCAUGGCCGAGGGAGGGUGCGCCAGACUCGUCCCCGGAGUGGGGUCCCGAGGAAGAGAGCAUAUUCUUCGACAACCCCCUCUUCCUGGAGAGCCCUUCCCCGGCCCCCAGUGUGUCUGAAGCGCGCUUUUCCUGGGGGUUCUCAGAUCCCUGCGCAGAUGUGAGGACUGGGCCCCAGAGCCCUCAGAGCCUGGAGCCCUCACCGCCAGGAGGCAGCGUGCUGUGGGAGCUGGGCAGGGAGCCGGAUCUGGGGGACAGCGCAGUGGAUCCCAGCGGGCACGCCACACCGCCAUUCCCUGUGCCCACCUACAGGCUGCACCCCUCCUCCUGGGCUGUGGCGGGCACCACCCAGGGGGCUCCCACAGCACCGCCCGGCCAGGAGAGCGAGAACCCUCUGGGAGACAGUCUUGCCCCUGCCCCGUCUGCAGCAUCCUGUGUGGACAAAACAUUGACCUGGGAAACAGAACGUGUGGGAUCUGAUGCCAGCCCUGCCACAUAUCCUAUGCAACCUUGGGCUCUGCCAAGUCCCGAGAGCUGGCAGACCAAGGAGGUUCCUUCCUGGCCCCAGGGGCCUCUUCACCCCCAGGACAGAGCCUCUUCCCCGGAGCCGAGCAGCCCUGAGUCUGAGGCCAGAGGCCCCAGCCCCCGGCCCAGCCCCCUGUCCUCCCAGGAAGGCAGCCCGCAGCUCUGGAGCCACCACCCGGGCAGCGUUCUUCCCACGUGGACGCUAGAUACUUCAAGCCCUUCAUUCCUGGAGACGGAUGGGGCAGAGCCAAGUUCCCUGGAGAAAGAGAAGGCAGGAGAGGCCCCAAGCCCAGGGAAGGAAGUAAAGAGCGAAGGCCCGGCCGGGACUGCCGAGGCUGGAGCCAGGCAGCCCGACGUUCUCUUGACCUCUACAGAAGGUGGGAGUCUGAGGUCACUGAUGGACUUUCGCAGGCUUCCUGAGAGCCCCACGCCCCACGCGCAGCCCCCAGACGAAGGCCAAAGGCCACCAGCUGGAGGCAAGCUGGAGAAUGGCGUCAGGACCGACAAGGUGACCUGGAACUUGGCCUCCCGCCUCUAUCGCCUGGAGGGCUUCCGGAAGUCCGAAGUGGCCGCCUACCUGCGGAAGAACGACGACUUCAGCACGAUGGUGGCCGAGAGCUACCUGUCCCUUUUCCAGUUCGGAGGCCAGAGCCUGGACCGUGCGCUCCGGGGCUUCCUCCGCGCCCUGGUGCUCAGUGGGGAGACGCAGGAGCGCGAGCGGGUUCUCUACCAGUUCUCCAAGCGCUUCCAUCGCUGCAACCCUGGGCUCUUUUCCUCAGUAGACUGCGUGCACACCUUGACCUGCGCCAUCAUGCUGCUUAACACGGACCUGCACGGACAGAACAUCGGGAAGAGCAUGAGCUGCCAGGAAUUCAUCACCAACCUGAAUGGCCUGAGGGACGGCGGGAACUUCCCCAAGGAACUGCUCAAGGCCCUCUACUGGUCUAUCCGAAGUGAGAAGCUCGAGUGGGCGGUGGAUGAAGACGCAGCCAGGCCCGAGAAGGCCCAGCCGUCUCCCCUGGCUGGCAAGAUAGGCAACCCCUUCCUCCAGCUGGUCCAGGACCCCACGGUGCCCACCUACAAGCAGGGCAUCCUGGCUCGGAAGAUGCAUCAGGAUGCGGAUGGCAAGAAGACACCGUGGGGCAAGCGCGGCUGGAAGAUGCUCCACACCGUCUUGCGAGGGAUGGUCCUCUACUUUCUGAAGGGAGAGGACCACGGCCUUGAGGGGGAGAGCUUGCUGGGGCAGAUGGUGGACGAACCGGUAGGGGUGCACCACUCGCUGGCCACUCCCGCCACCCACUACACCAAGAGGCCGCACGUCUUCCAGCUGCGCACGGCCGACUGGCGCCUCUACCUCUUCCAGGCACCCACUGCCCAGGAGAUGACUUCCUGGAUGGCGCGCAUCAACCUGGCUGCCGCCACGCACUCAGCGCCGCCCUUCCCCGCCGCGGUGGGCUCCCAGCGGAAAUUCGUCCGGCCCAUCCUGCCCGUGGGCCCCGCCCAGAGCUCCCUGGAGGAGCAGCAUCGAUCCCACGAGAGCUGCCUGGAUGCUGCCUCCGACGACCUGCUGGAUCUGCAGAGAAACUUACCGGAGCGGCGGGGCCGCAGCCGAGAGCUGGAGGACUACCGCUUGCGGAAGGAGUACCUGGAGUACGAGAAAACCCGUUACGAGACCUACCUGCAGCUGCUGGUGGCCCGUCUGCACUGCCCGUCGGAUGACCUGGACCUGUGGGAGGAACAGCUGGGGAAGGAGGCCGCAGACCCGCAGGAGUCCAAGCCCAGCCUGAAGAAGUCCCACUCCAGCCCGUCCCUGCACCUGGAUGAGGCCCCCACCACGGCCAAGGUCAAGCGCAACAUCUCAGAGCGCAGAACCUACCGGAAGAUUAUCCCCAAGCGGAACCGCAAUCCGCUGUGA